AUGUCGGAUGCGUCCAAGGAGCAGUCUUCCAAGUCAUCCGCCGACCGCUCCAGGGCGCAAAUCGAACCCUUCGUCACCAAGGCUGCGAGUCCUGGCGGUGCUGGUCCGGAUACUAACCUAAAGCGCAGCGUGGGUGUUUCUAGGGCUGGUGAUGACGUUGCUGGUGGCAUGAGCGGCAAGGAAGCAAAAAGUAAAACCGAGACUGCUGCAGGGACCGACGACGACACGCCACCCGCCCUUUCUGAGUCCCAGAUACAACUGAAUCGAUAUCGAGAGCGAUUGGCACGAGAUUUGGAGAAGCGCGAGAUGGCGACGAGAGGCUUGAUGGCGACACCUCCCGACAAGGUGCGCGUCUCGCCAAUCCAGGAGGAAAGUGGCAACUCGCCGCGCACACAGGCUGGAAUCGCGGGCUUGGCAACGACAUCGUCCAAUUCAACGACAUCGUCCAAUUUAACGACAACGUCUACCGAAUCCGGAAACACAAUUCGCGGCGGCAUGACGCCCGGCAAUAUCGCGGGAACCCCUUCUUACCCCUUCCCGCGCAUGUAUACUCCGGGGUACGGCCCAGGCGCGAUGAAUCGACCAUUCGGAAACAUGUCCCCAACUGCGGCGGCCUUCAUGUCGCAGGGCAUGUCGUUUGAGGGCUUUGGCGCCGCUCAGGAUAGGGUCAUGUCUGGUUCAUCGACACCCGCAUCGGCCCUCACUUUCCUCCCCGCCGGAGCUACUGGCCAACUGGAGGGCGAUUUCCCGAGUCCAAAUCUCUAUGACCUGUCGCUAAUGCUCAACGCCGAGCCUGGAAUGGACGCCUGGUGGAACACUGUCGUUCAGAUCAUGAGAGAUGUGUACAAAGCCGAGAGAGUGACACUCGCUGUGCCGGCUGACACCACCGAUAUCGAGAAUGUGCCCUGGGGCCAGAAAGCAACCUACAAUGAGCACCAGGAGGACGAUCUCAGCCUCGGAUACAUGGCAAGGGGAAGUAGUUUGAUACCCAGCAGCGCUGGCGAUAUUGUCUCAGAAGAACCUCUCUUGCCCGAAGACCCGGCACGACCCAGGUUGCUCUCUCGACCCAGUCUCCAGACUCGGCACUCGUUCACGACGUACGAGGAUAACAGGGAGAGGAAAGGGAACGGCAACGAGAGACUCUUGCCAUCACGCCGUCCUGCGCAACUAGGCAGAAGCAAGAGUUAUUUCCCGCCCGGUAAGGCGACCGAGGACAUUGUUCAGGAGCCACUAGGCCCGGCAUUGAAUCAAUCUGCCCUUGCUGAGCAUGAUGCCGAAGAGCCCAACGUACCGAGUUGGGAGGCACCAAUUGGCGCCAACUCCGACACCGAGGGCAGAGUGCUCCCCGUACUUCAAGCCCUGGAUUAUGAGGCCGAUCCUCUGAUCGACCACGGCGGUGUCAUGCGUGUUCUUGAACGUGGCAAGGUCAUCGCACUGACAAGAAGCUACCCCUACCUUCAGAAUUUACCAGAGGAGACACCACUUAAGUCCAAGGUGACAGCCAACACGACCUCGGCCGAGGCAGCAAGGAAGAAACUGAAAAGGGGUCGGAUCGAGUCUACCCAAAAGUUAUCGACGAUCUUGAGUGGUUCAAGUUCCUCCUGGAGCUCUAGCCGUAGCCACAGCGGUGACAAGCCAUCCAGCAUAAUUUCACGGCUUUCCGAGGACGAGCCACGCCCACCCACACCAAAAUACGAGGAGUUUGAGCAGGCACCACCAUCCCCCUGGUCCCAGUCUCCAGCACCAUCCCCAGCUGUGCGGGCAGAUCCGAACGAGAACCCAUUCUUCACUGAUGCCAUGGUCGACGAGGACUCUUUUAACCCCGAGUCUGCACCUGCAGAUUACACAGGAAUGCGACCUCCUGAAGCUAUUGGCGUGGACAAUGCAUGGACAGUCCUUCACAUCCCGCUGACGCAUCUGUUGCUCUCAAAGCCUGUUCAUCCUUUCAAGCUUGAUACCACUGUCCUGGAACAAAAGUCUCACUCUCGCAACCGUAGUGAAGCCCAGGAUCCUUCUGGCGGUGAGGAUGAGGACGACGCCGCCUCAUUCUCGUGGCAGCGGAAAGAUAAGCCUGCGCCUAUCGCCAUUCUCUCAAUACUCAGUCCCGUCAUCCCAUAUCCCUCAAACCUUCGCCAUUCAUUAGAGUAUCUUGCCCCGCAUCUGGCAACCUCCUUUUCUCUAUGUCGUCAUUACACAAACUUGGAGACGGAGCUUGCUGGUCUGAACCGGCGAAGGCCUAACACUGCUGGGUUUGGCGCGCUUGCUGCCGAUGGCCGUCCCCUGGCAGACCCCAGCAGCAUUGGCAAUCUAAGCUUCAUGCCCUCGGACGACAUGGCAGCCCAACGCUCGCUAGCAGGCAGCAUCACCAGCCCCAGCGAUUACUCGGGUGUUUCCAAGAGUGCUGCUGGCUCCCCACUUGGCACACCUGGUUCCAUGCAUCACGCCAUUGACAAGACUGGAUUUGCAACUAGCCCUGCACAACUUGGGGAAGACAGCUACUUUGGCAGCAAGCUGAAGCCGAGCAGCUCGAGGGCCGAGAUGGCUUCUGCGACUUCUCAGAGGACGAGGAGGAGUUCAGGGGAAAGUUCGUCAAUGGACAAGCGCCAAGCCCGGCUAUCUGCGUCAUACAAGCUUCUUAACAAGGAGCCUGCCCAGACGCCUGGGGACAGCGAAGAUCUGGUCGAGCUUAACGUCGAGAGCCGCGUUUCGACGCCGGGAGGUUCCAAGAGAGUGCUCUCCCAUGAACUCAAGAAUUAUCUUGACGAAAUCGCUGUGCUCGAACCUCGACUCAACUCAACUGACCGGAAAAGCUCGGAUGGAGGCCACCAUACCCUCCUGCAUUCCUACGGUGCCGACUUUGCGACGAGCUUCCAGUCGCUACCCCCUAGCUCAAGCGUGGUUAGUAGGCCGGUACCCCAUACUGCUCCGACUCGAACAGGCUCGAUCAAUGUUGGCCCAGUAGACAUGCCACCGCCGUCAGACCGUCUCAAGGGCCUCAUCUUAGACUCUUUGCCUGCUCACGUUUUUGUCUCGCUGCCGCAGUCGGGCGAGAUAGUCUGGGUGAAUAGUCGCUACCUGACGUACCGCGGACAGACAGUCUCUGAUUUAGCUGCCGACCCUUGGGGUAGCAUUCACCCGGACGACAGGGAUGAGUAUCUCAAGGCAUGGAGCCAUUCCCUACGCACUGGCGAACAAUUUUCGAGGACUGUUCGUAUCAGACGCUUCGACGGGGCCUACCGAUGGUUCUAUGCCCGUGCUGUUGCUUCCCGCGAUAAACGAGGGGUCAUGAUGCAAUUCCUCGGCUCUUACAUGGACAUCCAUGAUCAACAUAUUGCGGAACUGAAGGCUGCACGGCAAGAGGAGAUUGAGGCCUCGGAGGCGAAGCAUAGACUUCUGGCCAACCUCAUCCCUCAAAUCAUUUUCACUGCGACCGAAGACGAAGGUAUCACGUUUGCCAACGAGCAGUGGCUGUCGUACACCGGACAGAGUUUCGAAGACUGCCUCGGGCUUGGUUUUAUGGUCUUUGUGCAUCCUGAGGACCUGGCUAAAUGCCAUAUACCCACAGACAGACCACCAACGCCGAUGCCCUUCAAGUUUGACCGUUCAGGCCAUCAAGAACCAAUGUCAUCUGAGGCGACAUUGCCCAGCCUCGUAUCUGGCAAAUCGCAAAGUCAGCUAGAAACCAACCUUCGAGGCAUCCACCAAGCGUUAUCACGGAAUAACAGCUCGAGCAGUAGCUCCGUCUACGAAAUGCCCACCGCCGAUCUGACGGCUUUGGCCAGGCAGGGUAUCAUCAAAGUGACAACCGACAGCAACGGCAGACUGUCAUAUACGACGGAGGUGCGAUUACGAUCCAAGAAUGGAGAGUACAGGUGGCACUUGAUUCGUUGCGUCGAGAUUGACAACAUUGACUUUGGAAACGGAGCCAGCUCCUAUUUUGGCUCCGCCACGGACAUCAACGACCACAAAUUACUCGAAGCCAAACUCAAGGAGGCUAUGGAGUCUAAGAGUAGAUUCCUGAGCAACAUGUCGCACGAGAUUCGGACACCACUCAUCGGUAUUUCGGGAAUGGUCAGCUUCCUACAAGACACCAUCCUUAACGAAGAGCAGCGAGACUAUACCAAUACCAUUCAGACCAGUGCCAACAGUCUGUUAAUGAUCAUCAACGACAUUCUGGAUUUGUCAAAGGUCGAUGCCGGAAUGAUGAAGCUCAAAUACGAAUGGUUCCAUACACGCUCUCUCAUUGAAGAUGUCAAUGAGUUGGUGUCCACCAUGGCUAUUGCUAAGAGACUGGAGCUGAACUACAUUGUGGAGGAGGAUGUUCCAGCCUGGGUCAAGGGCGACAAGGUCCGCAUUCGCCAAGUCCUUCUCAACGUCAUUGGCAAUGCCAUCAAGUUCACUGCCGAGGGCGAGGUGUUCAGCCGGUGCAGGGUUCACACCAACAAAGACUCAGUACAUGACCAACAUGAGAUUGUGCUCGAAUUUGCCAUCAUCGAUACAGGUCGUGGAUUCUCAAAGGAGGAGGCAGACCUUAUCUUCAAGCCGUUCAGUCAAAUUGAUGGAAGCAGCACCAGACAGCAUGGAGGAAGUGGUCUUGGACUGGUCAUUUCGAGACAGUUGGUGGAACUGCACGGUGGCAAGAUGGAAGGAAGCGCUGUCCCUGGCAAAGGGUCUACUUUCACCUUCACAGCCAAAUUUGCUUUGCCGACAAAGGAGGAUCACCCAGAUGUACCCCUGAGCCCUGAGAGUUUGCAACCCACCUCCAGACUCACCCAAGAUGUGGCUGUCAUGCUCCCUCCAAAGAACUUGCCUUCACCUACGGUCGCAUCAACAGACAGCCCCAAGACCGACACCGAGUUCACAUCGCCUGCUGUUGUUUCUAGCGGAAGUUCAGCCCCUUCAGUCAAGUCGACCGUUUCUCGGGCUACAGAACGUACGUCUGUUACGUCCGUGUCUUCGAUCAACGUUGGACUUGUUCACUUCAGCGAAGCUGCAAGAGCAAGCGGUCAAGAUCUGUCCCAGAUGAAGUUAGAGUUGCCUUCAACCGAGUCUUCGCCGGGCAAGACACCCACACCGGAGGCCUCCAAGCCGACGCACCCAGAAGACUUGAAGCCACCCAUGUACUCCAUCCUCAUCAUCUGCCCUCAGACCCAUAGCCGCGAGGCCACCGCACAACAUAUCGAGAUGACGUUGCCGAAGGAUGUGCCUCACCAAAUAACGGCAUUGGACUCUACCGAAAAGGCACAGAAGUUGCUUGGGGGAGAGGGGUCUGUCAAUUUCACCCACAUUGUCCUCAACUUGCCGUCCCCAGAGGAGAUCAUCGGCCUGAUGGAGCAGAUCACCAAGUCGACAACGAUCAGCAACACGACAAUCCUCAUUCUAUCAGACUCAGUUCAACGGCAAGCUGUAAUGAGACUUGCGACAGAUACAAAGUAUGAGAAACUUGUGUCCGAAAAUGUCGUCACUUUCAUCUACAAACCUGUCAAGCCGUCGAGGUUUGCCGUCAUCUUCGAUCCUGACAAGGUUCGCGACUUAAGUGUUGAUCGGAAUCGCUCAACCGCGCAACGUAUGGUUGAAACCCAGAAGGCGAGUUACCAGGAGAUUGGAAAACGUAUGGGCAACAAAGGGUAUAAGGUGCUACUGGUUGAGGACAAUCCCGUAAACCAGAAGGUUCUGCAAAAGUACUUGAAGAAGGUCGGCGUGGAGGUUGAAGUGGCCGCCGACGGCGCCGAAUGCACCGAGAUGGUGUUCGGCCACGCCCAUAAUUACUACUCCUUGAUACUCUGCGACUUGCACAUGCCACGCAAGGACGGCUACCAGGCCUGCCGAGAGAUUCGACAAUGGGAGAAAGAACAAGGGUUUAAGAAGCUUCCAAUCAUUGCGCUUUCGGCCAACGUCAUGUCUGAUGUCCAGGAGAAGUGCGUCGCGGCUGGGUUCAGCGACUAUGUCACCAAGCCUGUGGACUUCAUCGAUCUCAGCAGAGCCAUGUCCAGGUUCUUCUGA